AUGCUCAUUCUCGGCAACAAGCACCGGCAAGGUAUCAAACUAGAAGCGCUCACGGGAGGAUAUUCGCAAGCUGUGACCAAAGCAACGCCAGAACUCAUAUCGGACGCUACCAGGAACUACGACCUCAUACUUUGUCUCGACCCCGUUCUAUACGCGCGGCACCUGUACAACAUCAACCUCCCCUGUGUGGCCAUCUGCGAGGUGGAUGAGUUAUACAAGCACCGCGAUAUACCGGACGCAUUCGACUACUUCAUACCGAUAGGGCCUCACACCAAAGAGAGCCUGCUCGACAUCAUUGCUGCCAGAGGGGCCAAGAUGCUAACUGGCGUUGAUUUCGAGCGCUCCAAGAGGACAGAGACCAGCGACCCUGUUGUCGAGAACAUAUUCUUGACAGGAAAGGCUUGGGAGUUCCUUACCCACAAGGUGUUUGAGGGAGAGGCAGGCAGCUCGUUCCUGAUGGCUGCGGGAGCCGUUGCGAUCGCAGUGCUGGCGGGACGGGAAAGGAGAGCAGGCGUGUUGGCUCGUAGUCUGCAAAUGGGGCCUGCUUCGAGCCUGCGAGUAUUUGGGCAUCCUAAAUACAGGGAGCAUAUCCCAAGAAACCCCCUGAUGAAGUCGUAA